AUGUCCCUCACAUCCAUCCUGGCGGCUCAAGACAUCGAAAAUGCCGUGAGAGACUGCCAAGCUCCGGACUCCUUCUGCUACAAGAAGUUCUUCGCCCAGUGCGGCCUCUCCGCCAAGACCCCCGAGGAGGUCCAGAAUGUCUUCCGGAUCCUCGAUGAGGACAACAGCGGCUUCCUAGAGGAGUCGGAGCUCAAGUUUUUCCUGCAGCGGUUCGUCCCCGGGGCGAGAACGCUGACCGAGGCCGAAACCAAAAACUUCAUCUCGGCCGCGGAUGACGACAGCGACGGCAGGAUCGGAGUCGAGGAGUUCCAAAUGAUGGUCCUGUCCUGA